CGAGAGGACGAGGAUCUCGCGACGGCGAAUAGUUCAAUUUACACAUAUUUUACACAUCGAGGAUGGCCGCGAUGCUAUCGAAUUACUCGCGGUGCGUGCCUCGUGUAAUAACCCGUUUCGCUCUUCGUCAUGCUAGGGUGACCAGAUCCCUCCACCAAGAAGGACGUGUGCUCACUGGCCGGAUUAUCUCUGGUUUAGCAAAGACUUCCUCUAGUACAAGAACGAAUUUUAGUCAACACUGGAAAGUACAUGUGAGGCACAUCAGAUCUACAUCCGCUCUCUGGGAACUGAAAGACGUUACUGUUCCGCCAUUUGCUGAGAGCGUUAGUGAGGGUGAUGUGAGAUGGGAUAAAAAAGUGGGUGACCAGGUAAAGGAGGAUGAUGUUCUCUGCGAGAUCGAAACUGACAAGACCUCCGUUCCUGUUCCUGCACCUGUGUCUGGGGUGAUAAAGGAGAUCUUCAGCAACGAUGGAGAUACAGUCAAAGCGGGCCAAAAACUUUGCUCCAUUGAAGUUGGAGCAACUGGGGGGGCCGCUCCAUCUAGCGCAAAGGCAGAAGUGCCCAAAUCUGCACCUACUGCGCCAGCUCCACCCAAAGCUGCUACUGUUCCUUCACCUCCGCCUAGUGCUCCUACUCCAUCACCAGCACAGGUAGCCCAGCCUCCUAAGACAAUUACUCCACCUGCUGCUCGCCCUCCACCUCCACAGGCUCCAACAGCAUCCAUGCCAGUUGCAGCAAUUAAACAUGCUCAGUCUCUUGAAGGUGCGAGGGUUCAGCUACCACCGGAUGAUUACAGCCGAGAAAUUAUUGGAACUAGAACUGAGCAACGAGUUAAAAUGAACAGAAUGAGAUUACGUAUUGCUGAACGACUCAAGGAUGCCCAAAAUACAAACGCCAUGCUUACAACUUUUAACGAGAUUGAUAUGAGUUACUUGAUGGAUUUCCGCAAGGCGAACCAAGAGGCGUUCACAAAAAAAUACGGAUUGAAGUUAGGAUUCAUGAGUGCGUUCAUAGCAGCAAGUUCUUACGCACUGAAGGAUCAACCAGUGGUGAAUGCAGUCAUUGACGGAAACGAAAUUGUGUAUAGGGAUUACGUUGAUAUAAGUGUUGCAGUCGCUACACCAAAAGGACUGGUAGUCCCAGUUCUUCGUAGCGUUGAGAAUAAAAAUUUUGCUGAGAUUGAAAUAGCUUUGGCUGCUCUUGGAGACAAGGCUAAGAAAGGUAAAAUAUCGGUCGAAGACAUGGAUGGCGGCACUUUUACUAUUAGCAACGGCGGAGUUUUCGGAUCUUUAAUGGGAACGCCGAUCAUCAACCCACCUCAAAGUGCGAUCCUUGGCAUGCACGGCGUUUUUGAUAGACCCAUUGCACUGAAAGGACAGGUUGUUAUACGCCCAAUGAUGUACAUCGCGUUGACAUAUGACCACCGAUUGAUCGACGGUCGCGAGGCAGUUAUGUUCUUGCGUAAAAUAAAAAGCGGAGUUGAAGAUCCCCGAAUAAUAUUGGCCGGGCUAUAAUUAGUUUAAAAAAAGUAAUCAAAUAUCUUGAUCAUUUUUUAACGUGCCUCUCACCCCUUAUCGUAUUUUGAUUUUUGUAUGAUACUAUGUAUUAUAUACCUACUUACGCCAUACAAACAUCAUUCUAAUUACCGAAUCAGCACCAGAAAAAAAUCGAACCCAGCAAACAUCGCUAAGAUUAAAACUGAUAGUCCAUUUAUUUCUUAAGUACGCGACAGUUGACGUUAUUGUUUAUUACAUGUUCGAUUGAUCUUACACCAAUGAUAUUCAGAGGGGAUCGAAAUUCACGGCCGGGAAUCUGCGCUAAAAUAUCACCGGUGAUAUUAAACUGCUAACGCCCACGUUUAUCAAGCCUAUUUUAUAGAUGAUCAACAACGUAUUACUCCUCAUCAUGAAGGAGUUGAUUUGUUCUGUUAGAAAUAACUUGCCGUUCAUCGCGGGCAAUUGUACAUAAUGUAACAAAUGUUAUUUAAAUACUCUAUGACGGUGACUUACGUGCAAGGGGUGCGAGGCUGGAAUAUGCUCGUAGCUCCAAUUGAAAGUAAUGUAAGCCCUGGUAUUCUAAGGUAAUUUAUUUACUGACGACAAGGGCAAUAAGUUAAAUUUGCAAUUGUACGUCGUGCAGUUAUCUAUUAUCUAAAUAACAGUAAUAAUAUAAAGCAGCACUCAUAAUUAAACAAGCAAUUUGUGUAGUUGGUGGCUACACUGGAUAUGUACCUCUAAAAAAUAAUUGUAUUCUUUACCGGCACCUAAGCUUACUCAUCAAUUUGAAUAGUCCGAAUAAUCAUAGUAAAUUAAUCGCCAUUACCCAAUCAUUUACAUGAUAGUUUUAUUUUUAAUUAUUAUACUAUUAUGUUAUUUGUCCAUACAGCGUUGUGAUACCUUUUAAAGUACACGCUAAUACUUUUAAACCCUCAUAAUUAGAUGUACGUACCUACCAGAAGCGAAUAAUAAACCACACCAACUUUCCCACACUAGAA